CGAAGUCAUUUAGCUUGCCCCAUCCCAUAUUCGGAAGAAAAAUGAGCGCAGCACCCGAUCAUUUGGUGGCCGGUUCAUUAUUACUGCAUUCACCGGCAACAGACUUUACUUCACCAGGUCCGACGGUUGAGAACCUAGAAGAUUUCCGGGUUCAGCCACCGCACAGCAACAUGGUAGCCACCAUACCACCAUCAACUAUAAAGAUGAGCUGGCAGAACUACGUAUUCGCCGUGAGCGCCAUCUUGACCAUAGUCCUUGUACCUGGAGGUCUGGUCUUCAUCCCCUAUCUUAAAGGUCACUCUGCCAGGCAUGCCAUGGUGGCAGGACAAUUCCCUGUAGCCCAACAUCAGUCCCUUAGUGAGAACCUCGAGCUUCGCGCCUGCAACAUUGAGCCAGAGGUUUUCAACGGGACAGGUGUCCACAACAAGCUCAGUAGGCCUCCAGGAGAGAACAUCGUAAGGCAUCGCCUUCUCGUCUGCUUCUACGAGGCUUCUGAGUACGACCCCUACGGCGUGGCAAGGAUGCCGCUCCAUCUAUGCACCCACUUGGUGUAUGGAAGCUAUGGCCUCAAUGGCACUGGUUUAGUUUCGAAGCAGCCCAACAUGGACAGAGGCAACGGCCUUACAGCUUUGGUACGGCUGACAGGGUCCACACUACCAGUGCUUCCAGUGCUCGUAACGAUAGGAGGACGUGAAUCGGACGCCAAACACUUCUCCACUGUGUCCGGGAAGUCUGAAACUCGGAAACAAUUUGCACAAAAAGUCUACGACUGGACAUUUUCACAGAAUCUCAAGGGGAUCAACAUAGACUGGCGUUAUCCUGGUGGACCCUGUGGAUCCCACGAAGACAAGAAGAACGUACUGCCUCUUGUCGUUACCUUACGAACAACAGCGAGGCCAAACAAUCUCUUAGCGCUUUCAAUCCCACCCGAAGAAUCAUUAAUUGAAAGAGGUUUCGAACUGCAGCGGCUUUUGCCUCUCCUCGACUUUCUCUUCGUGAUGACACACACCAGAUCGUACACAACAUUGCCGCACAUUGACUGCCCUGGUCUACGCCGUCUUGAGGUGGCCACCCUACUGAUGAGGACAGGCUUGACGUCGUCGGACAAAGUGUGUUACAGCGUGUCAUUGGCAGGCGCUGCAUUCCGGUCCAAAGGUCAUCGAGUGGGAGCCAGCUAUGAACAGCUAGGUUGGCCCUCUGCAGCCGAUGGCAGAAACAUGAGUCAUGGCGUCGGCUACGUUACGCUCACGCAACACUGUCGGACGAAUGGGUGGACGUCUCAGAAGCCGGCUGAUCCCGAAUGCAGCGUCCUCUACCGCAAUGUGACGGGCGGGUCGUAUGACGUCAUAGCUCAUGCAGCACCCGACGACUUUGCGCGACGUCUAGAGAAGACAUAUGCAGAGCACGAUUUGGGUCACACCUGUCUGGCCGUUUUCCAUGUCUUCCACGACGAUCCUGCUGGACACUGUGGCAAUGGACCGUGGCCUCUGCUCAGGACGUUAGCCUAAACCCAUGUGCGGUCAAUCACGCCAGAUGUAGUUAGAAGCCAGCCAUGUCAAAAUAGUGUUACAAUUCUCUAUUAGAAGCGUUGUCCGGACUCAGUGUCCGGGUACUGCGAGAAACAUUCCGCUGAGGCCUUUUGUUCGAUCAAAGAAGUGACUGCUCAGAAAAUAACUUCUUAUAACGGCACCAUGCAGAUAUGGGGAUUAUCGCAUUCGUUCCGGCCGAUUCCAAAACUAUAGUGCCGUUUUACUCCUUAUACCGUCAAUAAUGCCGAAAAUCAGACGCGAACUAGUGGUGUACCUUUUGUGCAAUUUGACGUAAUGCACGACAACAGCAGAAGAUAGAUGUUGAGAAUAGGCCGGAAUUCCCUCUCUGGAAAUCGGAGGAAACGUCGGAAAAGUCGAAUCAGGGAGCGACCUUUCGUGGCCAGCGGACGGAUGGACGGGCGUCUGUAGGUCGGGGAGGGUCUGUGAUCGGCUUGUGGAAUGCCACGUCUAUGUUGGAUGUGUUCUCAUAGCAGGAGCGUAACACCGCGUUCCACGCUACAUGGCCGCCCUAAAUUGACAGCCGGAUAUGUGAUCCAAAGAGCGCAUUGGUGCUCUGCUUCGCGCAAGAAAUAUGUAAACCGAAACCGAUUAAUUACUCGAAAAAAUCACUACAUGUCGACGGAGUUUUUUGCUUGCAAUAUUUUUCGCUGAAGGUCCCGAUGCGUAAAACAUGUUCCGUAAGCGUGCGAAGUAAAAAAUUCGCACCGCACGUUUUUCCAACGGAAUUGGCAGGCGCAUGUUCGAUUUACCCCGAAACAUCACUGAUGGUAGAUAAACUGAAUAGCUUCAGAGUACUGCAUGUGAUGUACAACUGCAAGUUCUACGCUAGAAGGCGUCGUGUGAGGACAACUGAUCCCGAUUGUAUAAGGCUGGAUCGCGGAUAUGGAGCGGAGGCGCGGCCACCGGUCGCCAUCUUACUGUAGUCCAAACAGAGACCACAGCGAUCAUGGCAGCUUGUUGCAGUUACGGCUGUACCAAUAUCCAGAGAGUGUACAGGGCCUAAAUUUCCACAGGUGAGUCAUUCGUUAUCAGGGAAGAAAUUGGCGUUCAUUCUGUAGACUCAUUUGACAAUUAUGAAGUGUUUCUUUUCCCGAAGCCAGCACU